AAAAUUUUGUUCUAUAAAUCAGAAAAAGAUCCAAUACAACAGGUGAUUUGGUGUGACGGCAUUCGAAAUUCACAGCAUCUUUUUCUGAUUGAACUCUUUGUUGACGUUUUAAAAUAUGUCUGUGUUAUCGGUGAUCGAGGGAAUUGUAUACAAAGUAAUGAAGUUUCUGAAAUCAGGAAAUAUAAAUGAGGCUAAGGAAUCGUAUGUUUUUGUGUUUCACAUUUGUAGACACUUUUUGGAGCUAUUAGUAAAGAAGCCAGAAGAAUUUACACGCCUGAUGGUUAUUUUAAAAAUGGCCCAUGAAGCUGUACGAGAGGACAAAUUCAUAACAAAACGAUCUAUAUAUUACUCAAAUCCCAUUUUAUUCAAACGACAAUCCGUUAUAGACCCAUUAUUAUCAAAGAUUUGUAAGGAGCUUAGCCUCCCUCGGUGCGCUCUUAAAAUAAAUGCUUCUUCCAAAUUGAUUGUUUAUGGUGAUAUUUAUCUAGGGAUUGGGUAUGGAAGCGACGUCGUUAAAGGGAAUAAUUUGGGUAUACCUGAAAGUUUGUUUAAAAGUGGAUAUGAGGUUAUUACUUCAAAAUGUUUGCCUCAAUUUAUUUUGAUAAUUGAGAAAGAUACGAUUUUUCGGAAACUUUUAAGUGAGAAGUUCUAUGAAAAAUUCAAGCCUUGUUUAUUGGUUACGGCUAAAGGUUAUCCAGACUUGAUAACUCGACAAUUUCUUGCUCAAAUAAAUUACAUACAUCCAAAUAUUCCAAUGAUUGGACUUUUUGAUGCUGAUCCUCAUGGUAUAAAUGUAUUCUGUACUUACAAGUAUGGUACUACGAAUCCUAUGAUGCAAAAUGAAGAUGGUAGUCCAAUAAAAAUAUCCAAUCUUCAAUUAUGUGGACUAUUACCAAGUGAAUUAUCAUCAAAUUGAUUUAUUAACAUUAACAAAAAGAGAUAAAUCAUUAUUAAAUUCAAUGAAAAAACGUUUAUAUAUUCAAC